AAAAAUCAAAAUUAACCAAACAUUAUUUUCUAGAAAAUUUCCCUAUAAAUCUCCAUUUGAAUUCGAUAAAUGUUUAUAUCGUGUCACAAUGGCAAGCGUAGUGUGUCCAAAACUCGGUGGUUUUCCGGCGAGAUGCCGCCAAUGGAAGUUACCUCGGAUUCAGUUUUUGGAGAAAAAUAUGUACAGAGUUUGGGAAAACCAAGGAUUCAGUUGUCAAAAAUCCAUCAAAACUCCUCAUGCUUUGGCAACAGAAGUUUCUUUCAAGGCAUCAACUCCUCUCAAUGACAAAGAUAGGAUGCUGGCAAACUAUGUGCCAAUCUACGUUAUGCUUCAGUUGGAAAUCAUAACAAACGAUAAUGUUCUCAAAGACAAAGAAGAUCUCGAGGAGCAGCUAAAGCAGUUAAAGGACGCAGGCGUUGAUGGGGUGAUGUGUGACGUAUGGUGGGGGAUUGUUGAAUCCAAAGGACCUAAAGAGUACGAUUGGAGAGCUUAUCGUACUUUAUUUCAACUUGUUCAAGAUUGUAAAAUGAAAAUGCAAGUGGUCAUGUCAUUCCACCAAUGUGGUGGGAAUAUUGGGGAUGUUGUCAACAUCCCCAUCCCACAUUGGGUCCGUGACGUAGGCGUCACAGACCCAGACAUUUUUUAUACUGACAGAAUAGGGAACCGUAACGUGGAGUAUCUCACGAUUGGUGUAGACAAUCAACCGCUCUUUGGUGGUCGGACUGCAAUUGAGAUGUAUAGUGACUACAUGAAGAGCUUCAAAGAGAACAUGGUUGACUUUUUGGAAGCGGAAUUGUUUACCGAUAUUGAAGUUGGGCUUGGCCCUGCAGGAGAGCUCAGGUACCCCUCCUACCCGCAGAGCCAGGGUUGGGCUUUCCCAGGUAUAGGUGAAUUUCAGUGCUAUGACAAAUAUCUCAAAGCGGAUUUUGAAGAGGCUACAACAAAAGUGGGACACCCAGAAUGGGAAUUUCCAAAUGAUGCAGGAGAAUAUAAUAAUAAACCAAAUGAAACGGGUUUUUUUGGAUCAAAAGGUUAUCUUAGUGAAAAAGGGAAGUUCUUUUUGACUUGGUAUUCCAACAAGUUAUUGAUCCAUGGUGAUGAGAUCUUGGAAGAAGCCAACAAAGCCUUCAUGGGUUGUAAAGUGAAGUUAGCUUGCAAGAUAUCAGGAAUCCAUUGGUGGUAUAAAGAUGAAACUCAUGCUGCAGAGUUAACAGCUGGAUAUUAUAAUCUGAAUGAUAGAGAUGGAUAUUGCCCUAUUGCAAGAAUGCUUUCAAGGCAUUAUGCUGCUUUUAAUUUCACUUGUUUGGAGAUGAGGGACUCUGAACAGCCUACAUCUGCAAAAAGUGGACCUCAAGAACUUGUCCAACAGGUGUUUACUGCAGUGAAAAGAGAGGAAGGUAUUAUGGCAGGUGAAAAUGCACUUGAAAGAUAUGAUUAUAAAGCUUACAAUCAAAUUCUUUUGAGUGUGAGGCCAAAUGGAAUCAAUAGAAAAGAAUCACCAAAACUGAAAAUGGAAGCCUUGACUUUUCUUCGAUUAGGAGAUGAUUUGCUUUUAAAGAAGAAUUAUAAUCUAUUCAAAAGAUUUGUGAAGAAACUCCAUGCUGAUCAGGAGUAUUGUUCAGAUCUACGGAAAUAUUCAACUGUGGUCCCAUUGGAGAGAUCAAAACCCAAGAUUCCAAUUGAAGAACUUCUAGAAGCAACUGAACGGAUUGAAUCAUUCCCUUUUGAUGAUCAAACAGACAUGAGUGUUGGAGGUCAGCUUGAUGAUUUUAUUGAUGGUUUCUUCAACAUGAUUCCGUUUUUCUAAAACUAUCAAUCGAAAGUGUAUACAAAGUUCCAAUGCAAGAUUUUGCAAGUGUUAAGUACAUAAAAACAAAAAAUUAUAAUGUUUUGUAACGUAAAAAGGAUAAAAAGAUAAAAUUCGUGAUCCUAGAG